GUUUCUGUCCAUCUUCUUGGCAGGUUGAUCUUCGUGCUUGCCAUUGUCUUUUCCAUCUCCAAGCCUAGGAUAUUCGCGAUGGGAAAGCUUCCCAAUAUACAAGCCACGUUUCGUCGAGCCACGACCGAUGAUACAAUCAAUCAGGCUUCAAUGACUACAACCGACGAAAGCAAGACUGAUCCUACUACCGUAGACAAUGCUGCUGCGAAUAAGGAGGCCGGAGAACUUCAAACGGAAGUUCCGGGUGAAAAUCUCCAGCAUGGUGUUAAGAGUGUUGAAGCCAUUACAUUGUCCUGGUCUAAAGCUUCACUGAUUGCCAUUUUUAUUAAUAUUUGGUUGCUUUACUUUGUGAAUGCAUUCCAGUCCUCUAUUCUGGCUAGUUUGAUUCCUUUCGUCACGAGUGCGUUCUCUUCUCACUCUCUUUUAAAUGUCAUCUACAUCGUCGGUGAUGCCAUGUCAGCCGCAGUCUUCAUUCCAUUGGCAAAGAUUUUGGACGUUUGGGGUCGAGCCGAAGGCUUUCUGAUCAUGACUGUUUGCUGUACUUUGGGUCUAGUUCUUAUGGCCUCAUGCAACGACCUGUCCACGUUUUGCGCUGCAUAUGUCUUUUACACCAUUGGCUUCUCAGGCGUAACAUAUUGCGUCGACGUGAUCACGGCUGAUGCAUCCAAAUUGAAAAAUCGUGGAUUGGCGUAUGCUUUCACGUCUUCACCUUACAUUAUCACCGCCUUUGCUGGCCCGAAAGCAUCCAACGAUUUCUACUAUAAAAUCAGCUGGCGAUGGGGCUUUGGUUGCUUCUCAAUAAUUUUCCCUGUUGUGGCUGCUCCUAUAUACUUUGUUCUGAAAAGAUCUCUUCGCAAUGCUCAGAAACGCGGCCUCUUGCCUAGGGAGAAUAGUGGCCGCACGUGGUUGCAGAGCAUCUGGUAUUAUAUUGUGGAAUUCGAUGUACUUGGAGUUAUUCUUUUCUCUGCCGGCCUCACAGUCUUCUUCCUUCCAUUCGACCUUUCGAGCUACGCACCCGAUGGCUGGUCAUCUGGAUAUAUCAUUGCCAUGAUUGUAGUGGGAUUAGUUUUGCUCAUCAUUUUUGCGUUUUACGAGUGGCUGCUUGCUCCCAAACCAAUGUUCAAUUUUUCCUUCCUGGCCGAUCGAACCGUUAUUGGUGCAUGUCUCUUGGAUGCCACUUACCAAAUCUCCUACUACUGCUGGAACAACUACUUCACGUCCUUCCUGCAGGUUGUCAAUGAUCUGUCUAUUGACACUGCCGGAUACGUCAACAACACCUUCAACGUUGUUUCCGGACUUCUCUUGCUGCUUGUCGGCUACCUCAUCAGACGAACCGGUCGCUUCAAAUGGCUCUUGUACAUUGCUGUGCCUCUCUACGUCUUCACUCAGGGAUUGAUGAUUUACUUCCGCCGCCCUAACCAGUCUGUGGGUUAUCUCGUUAUGUGUCAAAUCUUCAUCUCAAUCGGCGGCAGUAUCUUUAUCAUUGUCCAACAAAUCGCAAUCGAGGCCGCUGUUGACCAUCAACAUGUCGCCGCUGUUCUCGCGCUACUGAAUGUAGUCGGCACCGUUGGUGGUGCUAUAGGUUCUACUGUCUGUGGCUCAAUAUGGUCACAUACGUUCCCAGAUGCUCUUGCGCGAUAUCUUCCUAAUUCGGCCUUAGCGGAUUUCGAUGAUAUUUACGAAAAUCUAGAUACGCAGCUGAGUUACCCGGUAGGAGAUCCGAUUAGACUCGCCAUUCAGCAAGCUUAUGGUUAUGCGCAGACCAGAAUGCUUGCUGCUGGCACUGGGAUUAUGGCGCUGGGAUUUAUUUGGAUAUUUCUGUUCAAGAACAUCAACCUCGCAAAGAAACCUCAGGUCAAGGGUAUGGUCUUCUAAGCUUGAGACGUACCUAUUUUACACAUCAGCAUUGCUCUUCGAAGCUUAUCGAUGCUUGUUAUGUAUUUCUUACUGUUGUCUGAGUCCUAAUUGGCGGAUAUUUCUGUUCGAGAUCUUCUGGGAUGGACGCCAUAGAUAUCAGCUAGGGAAUAUUCCAGGUGAUUGACAAUUAAUUAACAGAACUUAUCUUAGUUUCCC